GUGGGCUUUCAUCUCCCAGAACCCUCUCUCUCUCGCGUUUGUAUUCUCUAGCGAAAGAAUUGAAUCGUGGCUAGGGUUAGGGUUUCGACCCUCAAACAAGUAGAAUGGACGCAGAGAUUGAUCACUACGCGGUGCUGGGUCUACCGUCCGGCGAAGAAGGCGCCAACCUAACGGAGAAAGAGAUCACCAAGGCAUACAGAUGGAAGGCCCUCGAACUCCACCCGGACAAGAAGCGCGACGACCCCAACGCCGCCGCCAACUUCCAGCAACUCCGCACCUCCUACGACAUCCUCAAGGACGAGAAGGCUCGGAAGCUCUUCGAUGACCUGCUUCGCGUCAAGCGCGACCACCAGCGCCGUCAGUCGCAGCGCGACGGGAAGCGGCGUAAGAUGAUGGACGACCUUGAUCGGAGGGAGCGUGAAGCGUCUACGGCGGAUCCCUCUGUGAAGGAGCGUGAGGAGGAGGCGAGGAUUGCUAGGCAGCUUAAGGAAGAGAUUGCGAGGAUUCGUGCUAUGCAUAACAAGAAUGCAGUGCCCGAUUUGGCUACCAUGAAGAAAGAGAGCGCGGGCGGCGGUGGUGGUGGGGUUGCGGUGGAUCAAGAGAAGGUUCUGAAAGUUUCCUGGGAGAAGGUGGGUGAAGAUUACCCUGCGGAGAAGUUGAGGGAGUUGUUUUCUAAGUUUGGUGAAGUGGAAGAUGUGGUCAUCAAGGGGAGUAAGAAAAGGGGUUCUGCACUUGUUGUCAUGGCCACUAAAGAUGGAGCUGUUGCUGCGACAGGAAGCGUGAUUGGUCAUCUUGCUAAUCCCUUGCUGGUUUUACCUCUUAAACCAGCAAUGGCGGCAGAUUCUUCGAGUGCCCCGAAGGCUGGGGAAACUGAGAGGGUGGGUAAUCUGGUUGGGGCUGGAUACCAAGCUUUUGAGGAUUCUGUUCUGAAGAAACUGCUGCAGAAGGCUGCAGAAAAGCAAAGAUGACGCCGUCUGAUGUUAAGCAUAAGAAUUGAUUAUUGAUGUGGUCAUGUCCCCAAUUGAAAUACAGGAGUUUGCAAUCUGUGGUUAUAUAAUUCAAGGAAGUUUCCUUUUGACGAAAAUCAUAAACUGCAAUUUGAAGGUGGUGUUCGGUUUUUAUUAUGUCACCUUGGGUCCAUGACCAAAUCCUGCUGGUUUACAAAAGAGAGAGCAAAUGGCAUCUGAUGGAAAGUCUGAGACGAGUGAUUCCCAUAAAUAAUGCCAAUCAAGUUGUGCUAUGUGCUAGCUUAUCAGUUUGGAAUUCAUUCUGCUAUUUGUUUGCAACCCUAAAAUGGAAAUGGAAUUCAGAUUAUAUCCUUUGGGGAUAUUCUCAACAUGAUGUACGAAGAUUUGUAAUUUUGUAUAGACGAUAUACUGUGCAGGCUGAGAAUAGAGAAUGCUAUAUAAAUAUAUUACUAGCGGGAUUACCCGUGCCCUGCACGGGUGACUUUUGUUAUUUACAAUUUAAAUUUCAUGUAAUAUUAUGUUUUGUAUCUUUUUAGUAAAUAUAUUUUAACAAUUGUUUCAA